AAUAUAAUGAAAAUAAUUAUAGAUAUUAUAGACAUCAGAACGAAUCGAGAUACAUACCUAGAUACAAUGAUAAUCAGAACAAUAAUCAGUCAUACAAGAACAGAUUUGACGUAAAUAGAAUGGAUGAUGAUGACAAGGAAAAUGAUGAUUACAGAGUUACAAUAUACCUUAACGAUAUACCGGUAGACAUGCAGAUCAACACCGGGUCACAAUUUUCGAUAUUGCCGAUUAAUAUUGCUAGAAAGAUAGGAAUCAAAGUCUUAAAUAAAUCGGAUACGAAAUUGACUGGCUAUGAUGGGGGAAGAAUAGAGGUGCUAGGAAUCGUUAAAAUAAAAGUGAGAUAUGAAGACAAAACUCAAAACUUAGAUGCUUUUAUAGUCCAAAAUGACAAAAUUGCAAUUCUGGGAAGGACGUGGAUAAAAGUUUUUGGGAACAUACUUAAUAAAAUUGUAAAUGUAAUCGAGGAUAAUGGAAAAGUAGAUAGUAAAAAUUAUGAAGAGAAAUGGGAUGAUCAAUACAAACAGCAAAUCAACAGCAAUGUUCAACCAACGACGUUUCAACAAUGAUGCUCAACCAACGAUGUUUCAUGAUGUUCGAUAAUCGAUUCAACUAACGAUAAUCAGUUGAUCAAACAAACAAUCAAAGAUAUAUGACA